AUGGGUUUGAACCCUGCACUCGCAGCCAUUCUCAUUUGGCGGCUUUAUGCCAUAUGUGAUCAAUCCAAGCUCCUACUUUAUGUUCUGGUGGGAUUGUUCUUGCCUAUCGUUGCCCUCUCGAUUGGGACGGACAUCUAUCUAUACAGUCGACGUAGCGCGUUCUCCGUGAAAGAAAUCAUAACUCCAAACGCCAAGUACUGCACCCUUUCCUUCAACAUCGGACCUAUGCCUGCGAUCUAUACUUCCAUUCCGAUUGUGUGCUAUGAUAUCUUACUAGUUGUUCUUGCGGCUGCCAUCCUCGCGAGGCACCUUAAGGAACAGAGGGAAACUCACAUGAGGAUUAAUACAUACAUGGUUAUGAUCGUUCGGUAUCAUAUCCUGUACUUUGCCCUGAAUUUGACAAACCAGAUCUUGUUGGUGGUAUUAUGGGCUCAUAUUCCGACCCCGGCAAUGAGCCUCUCAGAGCUUUUCAACGAUACCGCGCCAUUUAUUCUCGCACCCCGUCUCAUCAUCAGUAUUUGGGAUACGCAUGCCAAGGAUGACUGUGUAGAAGUUAGUACGACGUUCGAGGACUGUGUAUGUUUCACUUCUCCACCGAGGUUCGAGCAGCACGAGAUGGUCUCCAUCGUCGUAUAAUUCUGGCAUGCUGGUUCCUCAGCAUAAAGACAGAAAUGAUUUGGUUAGAGCGAGGCGGCCAAUUUUCUUUGGACGCCUCGCCUGGGCCUGAUAGUGUAGUGGUUACCUUGAUCUAUUGAAAAUGACAUGUAGACCGAAUGAUGCAACAUCAAUAUGGUUCCCCGCAGGUACCAGUGC